CUUUGGAGCAGAAGGGCCAGCUUGUUUUCUUUCCUUCCUUCUUUCCUUUCCUUCCCAGGAGGAGAGUCACGUUGUGUUGAGUGGAGGGUGCUGUGCCUUUCGGAGAAGGGGCUACGCGCUGAGGAAGGAUGGAUCGGGGGGCCCUGUCCACGGAGGUCCUGCAGGAGGAACGGGGCCAGGAGGCCUCUCCAGAUCAUGACCGGAAGAGGUCUCCUUCUCACAGGCCACAUAGGAUGACCUUGAGAUCCUCUCAGCGGAGAGCGAAGGAUGGCGGAGGAGGUCCAGAGAGGCGUCCAAGGAGGAAUAGGACCUUUCCAGAUGAGGACAAAGGCGCCUCUCAGGACUCAAGUCAGAAGGAAAUCCGUACAGAGAAUAAACCGGAGGAGGGAAAGAGCUUCACUGAAAGCGGAGGUCUACGUUCAUAUCCAAGAACCCAUUCUGUGGAGAAACCCUAUAAAUGCCUGGAGUGUGGGAAGAGCUUCCCUGAGAGUGGAAAUCUACGUUUGCAUCAAAGGACACACACAGGGGAGAAACCGCAUAAAUGCCUGGAGUGUGGAAAGAGCUUCACUGAGAGUGGAAAUCUACGUUUGCAUCAAAGGACACACACAGGGGAGAAACCCUAUAAAUGCCUGGAGUGUGGAAGGAGCUUCACUGAGAGUAGUAAGCUACGUUCACAUCAAAGGACACACACCGGGGAGAAACCCUAUAAAUGCCUGGAAUGUGGGAAGAGCUUCACUUUUAGUGGAGGACUGCAUACGCAUCAAAGGAUGCACACCGGGGAGAAGCCCUAUAAAUGCAUGGAGUGUGGGAAGGACUUAGCUCAUUCUUCUGGCCUGGCUCAGCAUCUGAAGAUCCACACUGGAGAAAAACGCUUUACAUGUCCACAGUGUGGAAACAACUUCCGUCAUAUAUCUACCUUCAGAAAGCACCAGAAGCUUCACACUGGAGAGAAACUCUAUGCAUGUCCCGAAUGCGGAAGCCGCUUUGCUCAUAAGUGGACCCUAACUGUACACCGGAGGGUGCACAUGGGGGAAAAGCCAUAUAAAUGCUCUGAUUGUGGGAAGACCUUCCAUCAGAGACCGCACCUCAUCGUUCACCGGAGAGUUCAUACGGGGGAGAAGCCCUUCCAGUGUGCUGAAUGCGGAAAAACCUUUACUCAGAGAAGCCACCUUACUGUGCACCGGAGAAUCCACACAGGAGAGAAACCUUACGCCUGCACGGUAUGUGGGAAGGCUUUUGCAACGGGGUCAUCCCUUAAUGGCCAUCAAAGAACCCACACUGGAGAGAAGCCCUAUACGUGUCUGGAUUGCGGAAGAAGCUUCAGUCAGAGUUCAGCCCUUCAUUUGCAUCAGAAAAUCCACACCGGAGAGAAGCCAUAUUCCUGCUUCGAGUGUGGAAAGAGCUUCAUAAGUGGGCCGGAUCUCACUUCUCAUCAGAGGAUCCACUCUGGGGAGAAACCCUAUCAAUGCUCUGAGUGUGGACAGAGAUUCAGUCAAAGCACAAGCCUUGCUGGGCAUAAAAAGGUUCACAAAAAGGGGAAACUAUACCUCCACGCUUCCGGUUCCCAUGCGAAUGAUCUUUGUUUAUACUGGAAGGCCUUGGAGGGUGGAGCAUGCGCACUGGCGCUCCCUUGCUCUCUGACUCUCUGCAGGUCGCUUGGGAACCUGAAGUAUUGCCCCCCUUUGCCUUUGUGCCCAAGAAGCAGAGAAGGACUUUGCAAGGGUCCUGUGGCUUUCGGAGAAGGGGCUGCGUGUGGAGGAAGCAUGGAUCGGGGUGACUUGUCCACGGAGGUCCUGGUGGAGGAUCAAGGCCAGGAGGCCUCUCCGGAUUAUGAUCAGAAGAGGAGUCCUUCUCAUGGGUCACAUGGGAUGUCCUUGAGAUCCUCUCGGCAGAGAACAAAGGAUGGAGGAGGAGGAGAUGUGGAGAGGCGACCAAGGAGGGACAAGACCCUCACAGAUCAGAACGAAAGCACCUCUCUAAUCCCAAAUCAGAAGGGAAUUCGUACAGAGAAUAAAUCGGAGUGUGGAAAGAGCUUCACUGAAGGCGGAGGUCUACAUUCAUAUCCAAGAGCCUAUUCUGUGGAGAAACCCUAUAAAUGCCUGGAGUGUGGGAAGAGUUUCACUCAAAAAGCACAUCUACAGAGACAUCACCGAAUUCACACUGGGGAGAAACCCUAUGAAUGCUUUGAAUGUGGGAAGAGCUUCAAUGCUAGUGGAGGACUACAUUCACAUCAAAGGACACACACAGGGGAGAAACCCUAUACAUGCUUUGAAUGUGGGAAGAGCUUCACUACUAGUGGAGGACUGCAUUCACAUCAAAGGACACACACAGGGGAGAAACCCUAUACAUGCUUUGAAUGUGGGAAGAGCUUCACUGCUAGUGGAGGACUACAUUCACAUCAAAGGACACACACAGGGGAGAAGCCCUAUAAAUGCCUUGAGUGUGGGAAGAGUUUCACUCAGAGUGCACAUCUACAGACACAUCACAGAAUUCACACUGGGGAAAAACCCUAUAAAUGCAUGGAGUAUGGGAAGAGGUUCACUAAGAGUAGAAGUCUGCGUUCACACCAAAGGACGCACACAGGGGAGAAGCCCUAUAAAUGCCUGGAGUGUGGGAAGAGAUUCACUCAGAAUAGUAAUCUACGUUCCCAUCAAAGGACUCAUAUUCAGGAGAAAUCAUACAAAUGCAUGCAGUGUGAGAAGAGCUUCACUCAGAGGACACAUCUACAGAAACAUUACAGAAUUCACACUGGGGAGAAACCCUAUAAAUGCCUGGAGUGUGGGAGAAGCUUUGCUUAUGACUCGGGUCUGAAAGAGCACCUGAAGAUCCACACUGGGGAAAAACCCUUUACAUGUCCUCAGUGUGGAAACAACUUCCGUAGUAGUUGUGCCCUCAAAUCACACCAGAAGGUUCACACCGGAGAAAAACCCUAUGCAUGUCCUGAAUGCGGAAGACGCUUUGCUCAUAAGUCGACCCUAGUUGUACACCGGAGGGUGCACAUGGGGGAAAAGCCAUACGAAUGCUCUGAUUGUGGGAAGACCUUCCAUCAGAGACCACACCUCGUUGUGCACCGGAGAGUUCAUACGGGGGAGAAGCCCUUCCGGUGUGCUGAAUGCGGAAAAACCUUUACUCAGACAAGCCACCUUACCGUCCACCGGAGAAUCCACACAGGAGAGAGACCUUAUCCCUGCACCGUGUGUGGGAAGGCUUUUAAAACGGGGAAGGCCCUUAGUGGCCAUCAAAGAAUCCACACUGGAGAGAAGCCCUAUACGUGUUUGGAGUGCGGGAAAAGCUUCGCUCAGAGCGCAGCCCUUUCUAUACAUCGGAAAACCCACACUGGAGAGAAGCCGUAUCCCUGCUUCGAGUGUGGAAAGAGCUUCAGAAGUGGGCCAGAACUCACUUGUCACCAGAGGAUCCACUCUGGGGAGAAACCAUAUCAAUGCUCUGAAUGUGGACAGCGAUUCAGUCAAAGCUCAAACCUUGCUACACAUAAAAAGGUUCACAAAAAGGGGAAACUAUAGCCAAACUUCAUGUGAGGGGAAAAAAUACUCUUCUGCAUCUUAUGUGACCAAUUUAAGGCUAAAUCUGGCCUACCAUGUCAUU